CUGAGCACAGAGGACGUACAUGCCCUGAAUUGUGAGUGUGAGACAGACCCAGCAUUGUUGGACUUGAAGAUGGCCCUUCUUCAGGAUAAUAAGGACAUCAUUUCUAUAGGAAAGAAGGAAUUUAACGUUCUGCUGAAUCAGCAGGUCUUUCAGGAUCCUCUUAUCACUGAAGAAGACAUGGCAAAGGUGGUGGAUGACUGGAUGAAUAUCUACAUCAACUAUUACAGCCAGCAGGUUACAGGGGAGCAGCAAGAGCAAGACAAGGCUCUGCAGGAACUUCGGCAAGAGCUGAACACUCUGGCCAGCCCUUUCCUGGCCAAAUACAGGGCCUUCCUGAAGUCCCAUGAGCACCCAAAUCAUGCGACUUCCUCCUAGCCCAGAGGGCCAGCCCUGCAUCUCCAAGAAGCCUUUAAACCCAGACUCUGUGUUCUUAAAACCUCAGGAUGUGCUCCUUCAUGGUGUUUCUUUACCUGACACCCCAAUAAAGAUCAAGCCUGGUUUUGUUAGACUUC